GCGGAAGUGGAGGUAUAAUUCUUGUAGAAUUAACCUCACAUAUCUUUAAUACCUAAAAGUACUCAUCGACCCAACAUAAGAAGCCACGAGCUUAUAUUGCCUAACAACGGAGACGCACCGCAAUUUAUUGUCAUAGUCUGUCAAGAUCCAUAAUUGUCACAAAUUUUCCGGUCUAGGUGCAUACAUGUACUUCUAAUGUGUGAACUUUGUUCUUUCCCUGGGCUGAAGAGGAGCCAUUCGUAGUUGAGUACUGAUAAUGGUCUAGGUGCAUACAUGUACUUCUAAUGUGUGACCUUUCCUCUUUCCCUAGGCUGAAGAGUAGUCUUUCGUACUUGAGUGAUCCAAAAGGAUUAACUUGUUAUCCUUCAGUUUGGGUUAAUUAUCAUUCUACUAUAUUAUAAAGAACAUAACUUUGUGAUUGAUCCCUAUGUUUACUAGAGCUGGGUGAUAUAAUCUUCGCUAACACGAGAAAAAUAGAGUAGUGCACAUUAUCCUUGCGUGAGGGAUAACUAGCCCCUUCCUCUUUCAAAUCGUGAUUUUGCUGUGACUUGUUCUUUCAGGCAGAUGGUCAAUUAUUAUGUCUUAAACGUCGUGAACAAUUCUUAUGUCUUAACCGCCGUGAACAAGGUGCCCACGCUGACCGUCACUGCUCGGAAUGAAGCUCUGGGCAGGCAUGACACGGUGGUCGAGAAUUCGAAGGUCCUGGAUGCAGGCAGCGCCAGCGCCGUCGAGGCCGACAUUGCUCCUGCUGCGGGGCUGCCUCCUACGGGCCCCCGCCUCAAAGCCUUCGCCACCCGCGGGCAGCGCACAGAAGCCGUGAAGAAGGUGCCCACGCUGACCGCCACCCUCACGGCUCGGAAUGAAGCUCUGGGCAGGCAUGACACGGGAAUGCUCGAGGCCGACGAGCAGGUCCCCAACAUCGAUGAGGCCGACAUUGGGAACCAAUUGGCCGUCGUCGAUUACGUGGAGGAUAUCUACAGCUUCUACCGUGAAGCCGAGGUCCAGAGCUGCGUUGCUCCCGAUUACAUGACCCGCCAGGCGAAUAUCAACGAUAAGAAGAGAGCACUUCUGAUCGAUUGGCUCAUCGGCGUGCACUUGAAGUUCGGACUCAUGCCAGAAACUCUUUUCUUGACCACGAACCUCAUCGACCGCUACCUUUCCACCGAGAGCGUGUCGAGGAAGACGCUGCAGCUCGUCGGAGUGACGGCUAUGCUGCUCGCAGCCAAGUAUGAGGAGAUCAUCGCCCCGGAGGUCGAGGCGUUCAUUUACAUCUCCGCCGACACAUACACCAGACAGCAAGUGCUGGCUAUGGAAAAGGCAAUGCUCAAAACUCUCCGCUUCAACUUGACCGUUCCCACCCCGUACGUCUUUAUGGUGCGAUUUUUGAAGGCUGCGGUCUCGGACAAGCAGAUGGAGCUGCUGGCUUUCUUCCUGGUGGAGCUGUGCCUUACGGAGUACUCGAUGGUGAAGUUCCCACCAUCGCAGCUGGCAGCAGCCGCAGUGUACACGGCCCACCACACCCUCGGGCGGACGCCAUGCUGGACGCCCACUUUGGUCCGUCAUUCCGGCUACGGAGAAGCUCAGCUCAAGGACUGCUCGAACAUGAUGGUGGGAUUCCACCGCAAGGCUGCCGAAGGCAAGCUCCUUGCCGUGCACGAGAAAUACUCGAGCUCGAAGUUCCAGUCUGUGGCGAAUCUGGCGCCCGCGGUGAUCUCCGACGGCGAAUUGGAGAGCUCCGCGAGCAACGCUCGAAGCGAUGCGAUCGGACCCGAUCGAUCGGCGGGGAGCAGAACCCAGCGUAGGAAAAGUAGGACGAAUUGUGCGAGUUGAGCUGAAAAAAUUCAGCUAUUGCGCGAAAACGAUCUAAAGAUGGUUGUCGGAAGGGGGCGGAUAUCGGCGAGGAUGUGUCAACUUGUUGCGUUGAUAUCCCAUCUAGAUUGAUCCGUGGGUCUGGACCCGAUGCCUUGUAAUAUAUUUCAUGUCACGGCCACCAUGAUUAUUUUGAUUACCGAUCGAAAGCCAGGGGGUGCAACCUCCUUCUCCUCGCUGGACCGACGGCGCCAGGCACGGGGGCUCCGCAACGGGGCACGGCCGGACGGGAGAGAAUUAUGACGAUUAGAAGAUUGUCGGUGCGAAGAGCUUCGCUGGGGGCGCUCCCUUCAUUGAACACAUAUUCGAUUGAGCCGAAGGAGGACAGAAUUCUGGAACCCCUCAGCUUUUUCCAUCUAGAAGGUAGAUUUUAGGCUUUCAAAGGCGACGAUAGUAGCUGUAGUUGAAACAGUCUCCCAGCGCCCUGCAUUCCAGAAACUGGAUGUGGCGGUGUAUUUACAAGAAAACGUGAAGACGAGAGAGCUUGG